CAACAGCACUUUUAUUGGCCUCCAGGGUAUUAGGAGGUAUCCCAGCAUACCUUUUCAGCCACUCUGCUCAUCGUUUCACACUCCACUGCCCUGGGCUCAGGUGACCCGCCCUUUAAAUGCCCCGGGAAUUUUAAAAAUCCCCUUCCUGUUUGCUCAGCCAGGUGUGGAGUGCAAUCAAUCAAUCAAUCAGUGACCAUGCCUCCACGCCCCAAACGAGCCCCAGCAUGGAACAAUUCUGAGCUGCAGGACCUCAUCAGUGUUUGGGGUGAGGAAGCUGUGCAGUCACAGCUGCGCUCCAGCCGUAGAAAUUAUGAUACCUAUGGGCAGAUAUCAAAGUCCUUGCUGCUAAGGGGCCAUGAACGGGACGCGUUGCAGUGCAGGGUUAAAGUAAAGGAGCUGCGCAGUGCCUAUUGCAAAGCCCGUGAGGGAAAUCGCCGCUCAGGAGCUGCCCCCACGACCUGCUGUUUUUACAAGGAGCUGGAUGCCAUACUUGGGUGUGACCCCACCGCCAAUCCAAGGACCACAAUGGAGAGUUCAGAGCAGGGAGAAGUGGGGGAGGGUGUAGAGGAAGCAGAGAGUGAGGCUACUGGGGUGGAGGGAGACUCCCCGGAGUCCCAGGAGGCAUGCAGCCAGGAGCUCUUCUCAAGCCAGGAGGAGGCUAGCCAGUCGCAGCAGCUGGAACUUGUUGGUGAAGAGGAAGCAGAGGAGCGUGUUCCCGUGACCUUGAAUAAUCCAGCCCUAUCACCGCCUGCCUGA